AUGGAGUCUGUUCCCUUGUCUGAGAUCAAAGUUGCCAUUCUAGGCCAUGUGAGUGUUGGCAAGACUACAGUACUGAAUGCCAUCUUGGGCGACAAAUUUGGAGAAGUCUCCAUGCGUCGAACUACUGCAGGAAUCAACUUCUUUCGCAUUGUACCCUCAACAGAGGCUACCACAGAGCAGUUGUCCAAGGAUUGGCUAAAGGAGGAGGGCAUUAAGACUGCAGACAAGGUACAUGAAGAAAUUGAAGAGUCCAACAAAAAGCUUCGUGCAGCCCAGCAGAUCGAGGAAAAGUGGUUCAAUGUUGCUCGUGAUCCACUUUGUGAGAUGAGAGAAAACACUUCUCUGGUGCUUGUGGACAUUCCUGGCAUUAACGAAGCAGAUUCCAACAGCAUCUACAUGAACUAUGUGCAGACAAACUGGAAGAGCUUUGAUUGUGUCGUUGUGGUCAUGGAUGCAAGACAAGGAGUCAAUACAGAGGAGCAGGUUGGGCUACUUCGUCUUGUCAAAGAGAAUCUCUCCAAAAAGAAGCCCCUUCCGGUUAUUGUUCUUUUCAACAAGGUGGAUGAGCCAGAUGAUACAGAGCAGGCACUCCUUGUGCAGGAGUCACAGAAGAAGAUAGCCUCAAUGUUUGGUGUUGGUUGUCGAGAAGAGGCAGUGAAACAGCUGCCAAAGUUGUCUGGCAAGAAGGGAGCAGCACAUGCAAUACCUAUAUCUGAUUUGUACCCUGUAGUCAUCCCUGUGUCUGCCAUCAGAGCAUUUUUCUACAGAUCAGCCUCUAGCCUUUCAUUUGAAGAGUUCAGGAAGAAGUUUGAUAAGGAAAUCGUUGACAAGAUUGGCCGUGAAGAGUUGAGCAGGCACAAAUGGAGGAAGAUGUCCAUCGACCAGAAAUAUAAAGCCCUGUAUGAUCUUGUGGUUGAUGGUUCUGAGGACGACGAGGAAGUGACACAAGGCACAGGUUUUGAUACAUUCCUUUGUGCUCUCUCUGUUUCUGUUGGUGGCCAUGAGACUCAAACCAAGCUGUUGCACACCCAACUUGAUGCAGCUAUUCAAUCCAUGAACAAUCCAUCAUGCUCCCAGCUGAAGGCUCUCCACCAGAAGAGCAAUGCAAUCAAUAAAGACAUGGGAGAUAUCAAGAAGACUUUUUGGACAAAGUAUGCAUCCUGCAAGGAGGAAGCCCUUGAGACUCUCAGUGAGGGACCACGGGUUGAAGUCAUGGCCCAACCAGCAGCUCUGUUGCAUGAGUACUUUUCCUUUGCCACUUCUGUGGGGUGGAAUGAUGAAGCAAAGUUGGUGGAGAAAUCCUUUGGUAAGCUCAUCCAUGAACAGCUUGGUGUUAUUGUCAACAAACAGAACUUGGAUUUGGCAGCAAAGGCACAUCUAUCAAGAGGUGGCAUUGAAGACAACUGCCGACUUUGCAGCGACUGCAGGGGCACUGAGGACUCUGGCAAACCUCGAAAGAGAAAGCAGCUUGUCAUGAGGGCUCGUUCAACAAGGAGGAAGAGCUACAGAUCUGAUGAUGACGAUUCUACGAGUUCAAAAAGGAGGAAGAGCAACAGGUCUGUUGAUGACGAUUCUGUAGUAAUCUUAGAUCACCAGCAAGAGUGCUACAAGCACGGCGAACUAACUUGGGAUGCCCUGUCUCUCUAUGAUUGGAUUGCGAUAUUUCAAUCUUUCCUCCACACGAUGCCCUUUGAGGUGUUGUCAGAAGACAUACUAAAGAUUGAGAUGCUCAAGGAUGAAUAUGUAUCUCACUUGCCAUCAACCAUGAUGAAACAAUGUGAGUGCAUUCACUGCUACAACAAGAACGAAGGCUCUUUCGGCGAUGAGGAUCUUGUCUGCAACUCUUGUGGAACUGAUUUUGAAAGGGCAGACAAAUGUCAAAAAACUAUUCAGAAGGACAACUGGAAAGUUUACUCUGAAGGCGGUCGAACCAAAAUUGUUGGUCGCCUGGCCAACAUAGAGAUUCCUUCUUCUCCCUUGGAUAAAAAGCAUUGGGGUCAUGUUGCCUGGAGCUUUCGCAAGCUCACGGACUCUGCUCGCCAGCAUGCUAGUGGCUAAGUCCUUGCGAAAUGCGAAAUGCCUCCACUGGCCACGGGGCUCAAAAGCGCACGUAUGGAUCUCCGGUAGUUCGGUAGAGCAAACAUUUCAG